AUGCAGUUCAGUUCAACUUCUACACAGUGUGUGCAAUUAAAUCCUCCACCAAUGUUGCCGCCGCCGAACCAUCGCCGGAGUUCCGCUCCCGCAACGGCCAUAAUUCCCGACUGGAUCUCAAACUCGAUAAAUGGCGGAUCCCUCCGCCACGUCAACCUCCACACUGGCACCAAUGGCUGGACGUCGCCGCCGGGCGACGUGUUCUCCCUCCGCUCCGCCAGCUACCUCAAGAACCGCCAAAAAUCCCCAGCUGGCGACUACCUCCUCUCCCCGGCCGGUAUGGAUUGGCUCAAAUCAUCUGCGAAACUCGAGCACGUGCUAGCACGCGCGGACAACCGCGUGAUGCACGCUCUACGGAGAUCGCAGCAAACCCUAGGCCAGUCUAUGAAGAGCUUCGUCUUCGCCGUGAACCUCCAGAUCCCCGGCGGCAAGGAGCACCACAGCGCGGUAUUCUACUUCGCGACGGAGGAUCCAGAACCGCUCCGAACCGGUUCGCUACUGAACCGGUUCGUGCACGGCGACGACACGUUCCGGAACCAGCGGUUCAAGCUGGUGAACCGGAUCGUGAAGGGACCGUGGAUCGUGAAGAAAGCCGUGGGUAACCACAGCGCAUGCUUGUUAGGGAAAGCGUUGAAUUGCACAUACCAUAGAGGGAACAACUACCUCGAAGUCGACGUCGAUAUCGGGAGCAGUGCGAUUGCGAACGCGAUCCUGCACCUGGCGUUGGGAUACGUGACGGCGGUUACGAUCGACAUGGGAUUCGUGGUGGAGGCACAGACGGAGGAGGAGUUGCCUGAGCGGUUGAUCGGUGCCGUUCGGGUUUGCCAAAUGGAAAUGGCGUCUGCCACCGUGGUGGAAGCGUUGCACGUGGCGCAUGUGCCGCGUGGGGUUGGGUUGGCCAGAGUGAAUCACCAUAAGUCUGCUGAUGAUCUUGCUUUGGCUGAUUAG